AUGUUGGAUGCAGGUAUUCAUCCUGCAUAUCAAGGUAUGGCAUCAUUGCCAUUUUAUGAUGAUUUUGAUUUAUCGACUGUAGACGUAUUAUUAAUUUCCCAUUUCCAUUUGGAUCAUGCUGCGUCAUUACCAUAUGUUAUGCAAAAGACAAAUUUUAAUGGUAGAGUAUUCAUGACACACCCUACCAAGGCAAUUUAUAGAUGGCUACUGAGAGACUUUGUACGAGUGACCAGUAUUGGUGUCAAUUCUCCAUUAGAUAGAGAAGAAAAUUUAUAUACCAACGAAGACUUAGUGGAAUCCUUUGAUAAGAUUGAAACUGUCGAUUAUCACUCGACAAUUGAUGUCAAUGGUAUUAAGUUCACAGCAUUCCAUGCGGGGCAUGUACUGGGGGCAGCUAUGUUUCAAAUUGAGAUUGCUGGUAUGAGAGUCUUGUUUACAGGUGAUUAUUCUCGUGAGAAAGAUAGACAUUUAAAUUCAGCAGAAGUUCCACCAUUGUCAUCGAAUAUCCUUAUUGUGGAAUCUACAUUUGGUACAGCUACACAUGAACCGCGUUUGAAUAGGGAAAAGAAAUUGACCCAAAUGAUUCACCAUACAGUAUCCCAUGGUGGAAGAGUGUUGAUGCCUGUGUUCGCUCUUGGAAGAGCUCAAGAAUUAAUGUUGAUUCUUGAUGAAUAUUGGGCUCAACAUGCAGAAGAACUAGGAGACGGACAAGUACCAAUAUACUAUGCGUCUAAUUUGGCGAGGAAGUGUAUGAGUGUAUUCCAAACGUAUGUUAAUAUGAUGAAUGAUGAUAUCCGUAAAAAGUUCAGAGAUUCUCAAACCAAUCCAUUUAUAUUUAAAAACAUAUCCUAUUUGAAAAAUCUGGAAGAGUUCCAAGAUUUAGGACCAAGUGUUAUGUUAGCUUCGCCUGGUAUGUUACAAAGUGGUCUUUCCAGGGAUUUAUUGGAAAGAUGGUGCCCUGAUGAAAAGAAUUUAGUAUUAAUUACGGGUUAUUCCAUCGAAGGUACUAUGGCCAAAUAUUUAAUGUUAGAGCCGGAUACAAUUCCAUCUGUUAAUAAUCCGGAAGUUACUGUGGCAAGACGUUGUAAUAUAGAGGAGAUAUCUUUUGCAGCACAUGUUGAUUUCCAGGAAAACCUUGAAUUUAUUCAAAAAAUUAACGCAACAAAUAUAAUUCUGGUACAUGGGGAAUCGAAUCCGAUGGGUCGUCUGAAAUCAGCCAUCUUAUCUAACUUUAAUGCUCUAAAAGGUACUGAAAACGAAGUUCAUGUUUUCAAUCCUAGAAAUUGUGUAGAUGUUGAUUUAGAAUUCAAGGGAGUGAAAAUAGCGAAAGCUGUUGGAAAUAUUGUAGAUGAGAUUGAUAAAGAUGAUUUGGAGAACUUACUUUCUACAGAUACAGCGCAAUCAUCAGAUGGAAGCGAAAAACACCAGUCUAAAGAAGAUGGUACGGCCAAAGCAGUGGAAGAGGAGGAAACGACAAAUCAAGAUACUGUACAUGACGUAGUUGUAUCUGGAAUUUUAGUUUCCGACGAAAAAAAUUAUGAUUUAAAUCUCGUAUCGUUAUCUGAUCUGAGAGAACACCAUACUGAAUUAUCAACAACUAUAUUGAGAGAAAGGCAAACAGUAUAUGUAAAUUGUAAGAAAGAGUUGAUAUAUUGGCAUAUUUGUCAAAUGUUCGGUGUCGUUGAUGUUCUAGUGGACGAAGAAGACAUUACACAUAAAUUGAAUGUGAAAAUAGAAAAAGAAAUCGAGGAUGGUACGAUAUCAAAAGAAUCUAGUAAACUGAUCUUAAAGGUUAUGGGUGAUAUUCGAUUAACUGUUGUGGACAAUAUGGCCAUUUUGGAAUGGACACAAGGUUUGAUAAGCGAUACUGUUGCGGAUUCUAUCAUUGCCAUACUUAUGAGUGUUGACUCUGCACCAGCAAGUGUGAAAAUGAGUAGUACAUGUAAUCAUUCCCAUGGUCAUGACGAGGUUAGUGAUAAUACCGCUAAAAUAGAAGAGGAAUUAGAACAGCAUAGUCAAGUAUGGAAAAUAAAGCAAAUAUCGAAUUUGUUUAGAGAACAAUUUGGCGAAACAUUUACAAUAUUUCUAGAUAAAUUAACCGAAGCUAAGUCAAACGACACAGAAGAUAUUCUCGGAGCUGUCACCAUUGGGAAAAAUGAGGCACGUAUAAACUUUUCCAAGAUGAGAGUAGAAGAAUGUAAUUCCAAUCCAUUGAAAGGUCGUGUAGAAAGUUUACUGAAGAUCGGUUCAGAUCUAGUGGCAUCUUUAUGUUAG